AUGGAUCCCGCUGGUACGUACGCCAACUGCCAGGUCGCGAGGGAUGCGUCACAAGAGUUCCCUCACGAGUGCCAGAAUGGCGAACACCAGACAGCCAAGGACGAACUGCUCGAGAAGUUUGCAGAGAAAAACCAGCGUGGGUGGAGGAGAGUGGUGCUCAACUUCACACCAUCGUGGUUUGCAGCCACCAUGGGGACAGGCAUUGCGUCUAUCCUCCUGCACCAACUCCCUUACAAUGGUGACUGGCUGUACUGGCUCUCUGUUAUUAUCUUCUGCCUCAACAUCGGCCUCUUCUGCUUCUUCCUGCUGAUCUCCAUCCUGCGAUACACCAUGUUCCCUGGCCUGUUCAUGGCCAUGAUCCGGCACCCGGUCCAGUCCCUCUUUGUCGGCACAUUCCCCAUGGGUCUCGCGACGAUUGUCAAUAUGGUGGUCUUUGUGUGUGUCGAACACUGGGGAGUAUGGGCUACCACUCUAGCCUGGACAUUGUGGUGGAUUGACGUGGCCAUUGCCGUCAUCACUUGCAUGUGGCUGCCCUUCGUCAUCAUGCACAUCCAUCAGAGUGAGCUGUCCAAGAUGACUGCGGUCUGGCUUUUGCCGAUUGUGGCAACGAUUGUCGCGGCCGCGUCGGGUGGCAUUGUGGCCGAAUACCUCCCCAACCCUCAGCAUGCGGUUUGGACGGUGGUGGUAUCCUAUGUGCUUUGGGGUACGGGCUUUCCGCUCGCCAUGGUCGUCCUCGUCAUGUAUUUCCAUCGCCUGACGAUCCACCGACUGCCGCCGCGCGAGGUCAUUGUCUCGGUGUUUUUGCCGUUGGGUCCUCUGGGGCAGGGCAGCUUCGGGCUCAUGCAACUGGGAAAAGUCUGCGCAAAGGUUUUCCCGCAGACGGACAAUUUCGGUCCGGAUGCGGGCAAAGUCAUCUACAGCUUCUCUAUUGUCAUCGCCCUUGCGAUCUGGGGUUAUGGGCUCGUGUGGCUCUUCUUCGCGAUAGCCAGCAUCACGCGGAGCAGAUUCCCUUUCAAUAUGGGAUGGUGGGGGUUCACUUUCCCGCUGGGUGUUUUUGCCGUCUCGACCACGACCCUGGCAAAAGAGAUUCCCAGCAAGUUCUUCAAAGUGCUCGGCACCAUCUUUUCUGUCGCGGUUGUCUUGCUUUGGUUGGUUGUCACCCUGGGCACCUUGAAGGGGGCAGUCACGGGCACCUUGUUCUAUGCUCCCUGUGUUGAACAGUACGAGAAGGAGUUGACCAAAGCCGAGAGGAAAAAGGAGAAGUUGAACAGUCGGCUGCCGCUGAAGCACUGGAGGAAGAAAGACGACGACACCGAGAAGCAAGAGGUAUGA